UGUUGAUCCCUUUACGCGGAAAGAUUGGUACGAUGUAAAGGCUCCUUCAAUUUUUGAAGUCAGAAACAUUGGUAAAACACUGGUCAAUCGUACUCAAGGUCUAAAAAAUGCCAACGAUGCCUUAAAAGGUCGUGUAUUUGAAGUGUCUUUGGGUGAUUUAAAUAAGGACGAGGAACAAUCCUUCAAAAAGAUUAAACUACGAGUUGAUGAAGUACAAGGAAAAAAUCUACUUACAAAUUUUCACGGUAUGGAUUUUACAUCUGAUAAGCUUCGAUCUCUAGUCCGGAAGUGGCAAUCACUUAUCGAAGCACACGUCGACGUAAAAACCACCGACGGCUAUUUGCUUCGACUUUUCGCCAUUGCAUUUACAAAAAGACGUCCAAACCAAAUAAAAAAGACAACCUACGCACAAUCAUCGCAAAUCCGUCAAAUCCGUAAAAAGAUGUUUGAGAUUAUGACUAAUCAAGUGUCAACUGUCGAUUUGAAGGCGGCUGUGGCUCUAUUCGUUCCUGAGGUUAUUGGUCGUGAAAUUGAAAAGGCCUGUCAAGGAAUUUAUCCAUUACAAUCGGUAUUCGUUCGCAAGGUUAAAAUUUUAAAAAGUCCCAAGUUUGACGUACAGAAAUUGCUUGAGCUUCAUAGUGAUUCAACUGACACCGGCGCUAAAGUAGGUGGAGGCCGAGGAGAAUUUAAAGAACCGGAAAUUUUGGCCGAG